UGGAAAAGAGCUCUUCCACCGCCAUUUUUCGCGGGAGACAGGAAACCAGAGGGGCUUCCUGGUAUUUCUGGUGGGAUAGACACCCUUCAAACGCAUCCGCCUAACACUGCAGCUCGUUAUUUUUCUCUCUUUGACCCAAGCACGAAUACUCCUUUUUAUUCAGCGUAUAAAGUUACUCCCGCUCAAGCAGUUAGAAUUGGGACGUAUGGAAGAAAGGAUGCAAAUGGUAAAUGGAGAAACCCUCCAGGUAUAUAUUUAUAGAGAUUAUCUAUUUUACUGGAAAAUGUUUGAAAAUGAUGCAAGAUUUCACAGAAAAAAGGGAGUGCGGUCUCCUUAUGCUCAGACUCCCCUAAAUCCGCCGAUGUUUCUCUUAAUAAACUGGCGAGCGUACGCCGACCUCAGGACCAGAUUCAGUGUAUGCUAAAGAGAGGCGACCCCUUCCGGUUAUGGUCCUUUAUCAGGUGCCUGAGAUCACAAUAAUCUGAAAACGAUGUCCGCUGAGGGAAAAUUCCCCAGUUAAUUAUUGUUAUAACACGUCUACGGAAAGUGUCCGUUAGGUAGGCUACAGUGUAAAAGUGUAACACCUUUAGUUGCUGGUUUUCACUGUCACGCCAUCCAGAAUCAAUAAUCUUGGAAACAAAAGGAGGUAAAUAUGCAAAGACCCUUGCCAAGAUUCAGGUCGGUGCAAAUUUUCAUAUAUGCGAGAUCUCUCUUGGCGAGAUAUACUUUCGGAGAAAUGAUUUUCCCAAAUUUAUAGAGCUUUGUACGGAGACGCCAUGUUGGUGUCCCUCUAAAGUGCACCAACAUGCAUGGCAGCCGGAAGACAAGAGCAACAAGUGAUACCGGUUUUUGCUAAGAAAGCGUGAAUUCAUCCCUCAAGGAACUCACAAACAUUAAUGAGUAGUGUAGUAUUUUAUUUUUAAAUACAAGGACUGUUCAGAGAGCAAAGUUCCCUAAAAGUCACUUUUUUACUUACAUGACAACUCUCUCGGCAGCCACGUAAAUGCCGUGUCACCCAAAAGGUUAGAAAUUCACCCUUUCCACGUGAAAAUGGUGAAAAUGUAAAUUCUUGGCUGCUCUAAAUACUUUAUAUAAGUAAAAGUUCUGGAAGAUCGAUAAUUCUCUAAGUUCAUCCUCACCAAAACAAAAUAAGACAAAAUCAAGUUUUGCUUUUAACCAACCGACAGCCUGAUUCAUAACUAUGGCAGAAAUGAGUUCGGGUUUUGGAAAAAGUUUUAAAGUUGUUGUCACGAUUAUAUUAAAAUGUAAUCUGUAGUUAAUUAGAACCUCUAUCUAAGUUUACAAAUCUAACAGUUUAUGUAGAAAGAUUUUGUGGAAGAAUUGUUUGAGUUUUUAUAAUCUUUUCUUUGUAAUUUAUUUUGCUGGAGACUAUAAGCUUAGUGGAUCCUCAUUUCUUAGCAAUGGUUGAAUGCAUAUUGUUUUAGAUAACGUAUAUGAGUUUAUUAACGGAAGCUUCGCUUUUAGGCUUACUAAAUUCGUCAUUUACCUAAUUACAUGAAAUUUUGGCUAGUUAGCGAAUUUAGCGAUUUUUCUAAAAAUCGAUGUCACAUAAAUGUUCUAUUGUCGUUGUAAAAGUUUCAGUUCGUGAAAUCGCGAAAAAUUAUGUUCCAAAAUUUACGACAAAUCGCUAAAUUAAAGUGCCGCUAAAUAAGGGUUUUCCAAAAUCGCUAAAUAAACAUGUCACUAAAAUUUCAUGUAAUGAGGUAAAAUAAAACUGAAAAAGGUGAUAUGA